GGGUAAUGUUGUUCUUCUGAAUUUACUGUCGUAUUAUUCGUAAUAUAUUCGUGUCUAAUUGAUUUUAAUGAAUUGUGAAGAGUUGAAUUUAUUAAAAUAACAUAUCGUCACUAAUUAUCCCUUUGUAAUGUCUCUUCAAAGGGUUAAUCAAUUAUGAGCUGGAUUCGAAAUAACCCUUUUGGUAGUGGAUAUGGUAAAGUUCAAAAUUAUAGACCCAACACUGGAGAAUAUGAUCCUACUGCAUGUUUUGACAGCUUUCGAAAACAUUGGCAGCAAAUUAGUGAUAUAAUAGAAAUUGUUAAGCUUCCAAAAACUGGAGUUAAACAUGAUGAAAUUCUAUCAGUUGUAUCAAAUUUGGACUUCAUGAUCCGAUUACUUUUGCUUGAACUUCAAUCUUCCCGUCCUUCUUUGAAAUGUCUUGAGUAUAUAAUUAAUGAAAACAUCUUGGAAAUUUUUUUCAAUUGGAGUCUUCAAACAGGAAAGUAUGAAAAUACACUGAUUAUUGAACAGUUGAAGCUUUAUGAAGUAUUGGUAUGCUAUGCAAAUAAGCAACUUCUAAAUCAUGAUUCAUUUCAUUGUACUCUCCUAAAACUUUUAAAAUCUUGUUCUGAGAUAUGUUUCUCACUGGAAGUAGAGAAGAGACUUGUGGUGCUAUUAAACCAACUGUGUGUUUCAUUCAUUCAUCAAAGCCAUCUUCUCUAUAAUUUUUUUGAAAAAAGGACUAAUGACUCACCUAAGUUCAUUAUUUUUUCUCUUUUGAUUCCAUUUGUUCAUCGUGAAGGCACUCUUGGCCAGCAAGCACGUGAUUCAUUAUUAUUGUGUAUAGCUUUGUCAAAACAAAAUGAUUCUCUUGCUGAUUACAUAGUCGAUGAAUCUAAAAUAUGCCCUGUUUUAGCUACUGGAUUAAGUGGCUUAUAUUCUCGACUGCCCAGGAAAUUAAAUGUUGAAGUUGAAGAUUGGUAUUGUUUAACACCUGAUGAUGUAAAUGAUAUUCCAGAGCUUGCUACGUUUAUGAAUUCUCUGGAGUUUUGCAAUGCUUCAGUUCAAGUAGCUCAUCCACAUCUUGUAAAAAAUAUUUUAGAAUUUUUAUACAAAGGAUUUCUUCUUCCUGUUAUGGGGCCAGCUUUGUUACAGAACGUUGAUCAAGAACUCAUUACCGCAACUGCUUAUUUUGAUCUUUUUUUAAGAAGUCUUACUGAACCAGCUUUAAUAUAUUGUUUCAUCAAGUUCAUAUUAGUUGAAACCUAUGAUGGCCAACGCUUAAUUGAUAUAUUGAUUGAAAGAAUAAAUUGUUUUUCAAAGUUAUGUUUAGUCACGUUGUCCUUUAUGCAAACAUUAAUUGAAUUAAAUUGUGAGGAUGUUAUGCUUGAAUUGGUCUUCAAAUAUCUGAUUCCUUGCAAUCAUAUUAUGGAAUCUCAAAAAUCGCGUAUUGGUCAAGGAGAUCCUUUUUGUGAAAAUACUGAAAAGUUUCUGCAGUUGGCUCCAAAAAUCUUUAGAAGCAAAAAGAUUGAAGGUAGUUUAUAUGGAGAUUAUCAAGCAUAUUUAGCUGAUGCUAGAUCAAAAAUUGAAGCAUGUGUUAUAGCCACAUCUACCUGGACUUACAACUAUAAUGGAGAAAAUCCGUCCAUUAUAGACAUAUCUGGAUUACAAAUUAGUGAAGACAAUGAAUUAGAACAUCCUAGUUUGCCAUCAGCAGAUGAUCAAAGUUCUGGCUAUGAAAGCUUUGCAAGAAUCAAUGAAAUAACCAGUGAAUGUGGGAGUGGAGGUGAGUUUGACAGUCCUAAUGGGUCUGAAAUUUCAUCUGAGAAAUGUCAUGGGAAUAUAUGUAUGCCAUCAGCUCCUUGCAUAGGUCCUUUCUUGCAGGCUAUUCUUAAUAAACUGGAAAAUAUGUUUACACAAAACCUUUUCAUUAACCUACAACUUACAGGGCUAAUUUCUAGACUUGCCAUUUAUCCUCAACCACUUUUGAGAUCAUUUUUGCUGGAUCAGUCAUUUAUUUUCCAACCUAGUAUAAGAUCUUUAUAUCAGGUGAUAGGCUGUUUGAAGCAAAAAAUAGAAGCUGCUAUUACUGACUUUACUGCAGCACAACUUAGAACGAUCGUGGAAGAUUGUGAAACAAUUUUACUUGAUAGGGAAAAUAGGCUGGUAAAUAUACGAAAAUAUGCAUUACAGGCUCUAAGUAUGACAUCAUCUGAUGGGAAAUGUUAUUAUUCCAGUAGUGAACGAGAUACUAAACGAAGUUUUACUUCUGCAUUUACUCAAGUAUUCCGCAAGAAAAAGCACCAUCCACCUAUUUCAGAAAGAAAAUUGGACAACUUAAGUUAUAGUUUCAGAAGUACUACGAGUUCUAAUGAAGUACACAGUACCAUUAUGUGUGCAUUACUUUUAUCAGAAUGGCUAAAGGAACUUGCUGCUAUCACUCAAGAACAUUCUGUACACAUGAAAUGAAUUAUGGGAUUUUAUUAUUCUUCCUACUGUCAUCUAUUGGUAAUCAGUGUGCAAUUAUUUUAAUUUUGUAAUAUUUGUAAAUUAAAUGUAGAGAUAAUUGUAUAAUAUAUUUCUAUCAACAAUGUUAAUACUGUUCAUAUUUUUUUUUUACUGUUCAUACUUGUAAAUACCUAAUUUUUUAUUAAUUAAACUCUUCAAUGUUUAAUAUUAUAUAAUAAUUUAUAUUAAUAUGUAUUUUAUCAGAAAGCAACAAAGUGAUUAGAAAAGUUCAAAUGUUAACAUGUCUUUCUUGUCAUAGUUAUAUAUUGUAUAUUUGUAGUAAUAUGUAUAUAUUAAAAAAUAAGGGUUAAAAGCUGUGUCUUAUGUCUUUGCAGUAUAAAAAUAAUCAAAAUGUAAAAAUGUACCUAUUCAUAUAUACAUUGGUAUACUACAUAGGAUCAUUAUUAACAAAGUUCAGAUGACCCCAACUGUUUAUGAAAUGUUAAGAUGUUGACUACCAAAUAAAUUAGCAUUCUUUCAUUGUAAAUAUGAAUAGGUGGCCUCAGAGAAAAUAAGAAAAAAUCAAGUUUGACUUACAUGAUUAAAAAAUUAGCCUUUACAUAACAUUAGCCCAAAACGAGAUGAUUGCAAGAUCGUUUAUUUUUAAAAAAAUACUCACAUUCUAUAUGUUUUUUAUUGGUAACUAUGUGCUAAAAUUAGAGUUUUCAAUGAUAUAAUUAAAUUAAGUAUUUUUAGACCAGAAUCGUGAAACAUACCAUGGCAGUCAACAUGUUAAAAUCUACCAAUUUAAUUUAAAUACAGGAUGAAGUAUAUCAUUAAAAAGAAAUUAAUUUAUUUUUAUAGUCAUUUAAAUGUAACAUUGAUUAAAACUUGUCCUUUAACUGUGUUAUUAUCUCAUUGCUAAAAGAUUAGUGAGGGCAUAAGACUUAAAUGUUGCCUAUCUGCUGUACAUUUAAAGAAAAUGUUUGUAACUAAAAUUAUUACUAUUAAGAUUUAAAACCAGAUUGUGAUGAAAUGAUUGUGCCUGUUUGUUAAAAAUUAUUCUAGUUUAUCUUAAUAAAUACAAAUUUAAAUUAAUAAGGCUGGCCUGUUAUACUGUUUUUUUUUAUUAUUAUUAUG